ACUGAGGUCGCGAACAUCCUACAACCAACUGUUUGAGUGGAAGAGUCCAAGGUUCCAAAACGUUUACACAAGUUUAUUAAUUCUCUCUCCCUCUGUGUUCAGGUGAUGUCAGAGACGCACCCUGUGAGGUUUGAGAAGUUGAUCAAUGGCGAGACACGCCCCCGCCUGGCACAGCCCCGCCCCGAGGGCUAUAAGAUCAAACACAGGGCCGUACACACUCCCAAAGACAGAAGAAGCGCGUCUGCCAAAGUCAAAGUGGUGUACAUUGACCCUUUGUCCAGGGAGGAAGAGGAAAAGGUCAACCGGAUGUCGGUGGAUGAAAUCGUCAACUUUCAGGUCGGUGGAAUGAGCCGCGAAGGUACGGCCGCGUCCAUCCACAGAGCUUUCCAGGAGAGCGAAAGCGCCGGCGGUAUUAUAACGGUCAACGAAGAGACAGACGGGAGCCUAAGGCCGUCUAGGGUGACCAGCUCAAAGGCCUCUCGACACCACAACAGCCGGCCGAGCUCUAACUACAGCCAGCACAGCGAAAAAAGCGGAAGCGUCUCGGGACCCAAGCUCAAAACACUUCCGGUUCACCCCUCGGCGAACCAACAAGCAGCAGAUCUCGGUAUAAUCUCCUACGGUGCGAGAAACCAUCCACCAGUCAACGAAAUGCCGAGAGCGGCGGCGAAAACUCCGGGUAAAAUCAGCCCUGUGAAGCCGUUACAUCGCGCUGGUGCGGGCCAGGGAAGCAGCAUCAAAGCGGGACCGAUGCCAGGGGAGACGGAGUUUAUCAAAAUCACGUCUCAGUUGAAGGUGGCCAACCCGAGUGGCGGUAUCCCCACGCCGCCGGGACAGGCCGGUGCUCCGGCAGGCUCUUUCCCCCACUACCAAUUCUCCCCCGGAAGUAACACACCCAGAGAUCCCGACUAUCAGUCAGACGUCUACCAAGUGGACAACGUCAGCGAAGGCAGAGACCUCGCCGAAUUUGACAAUAAUAAUCCUAAAUUCUCCUCCAGGAAUGUCACACCUACUUUACACAAAGACGGGAAUAUCAGUAAUAGAUCUAAUAAUAAUAACGCCUCUAACAGCGCAAGGAACAACUUGUCCGCCGAGAAAGCCGAUGGUGAGAGAGACGAGGCUGGACAAGAGGAGAGGAGGGAGGAGGAGAAGGAGUUGUUGGCGGGUAGCGUCACCUCGGAGUCUCCCGGCCCCACCGCCGUGGCCAUCAGUAUUCCUACAGCGGACGAGUUGUCUGACUCCCCGGGACAUUCGCCCGUCAGACGCCCCGACGACGGACUCACGCAGAAACAGCGACGUGAGAGGGACAUGACGAACGAGCAGAUUGAUCAACUCACACACUUGAUAGGCGACGCCAUCGUCGAGUCGUAGGGCGCGCUCUUUUGUAUUUAAAAGUAAAAGUCUUUCUCUUAAUCAAUUCAAUAUAAUAAAUGUGCUGUGGGUUUCAGUAAGACCGACAUCUUGCGUAGUCUUAUUGACAGUUGAUAGCGUCUGAGUCCCUCGCUGGUAACCAAUCUUUUCUCUUCCAGUGUUUAUACACCCACAACGACACACGUUUGGUCAUUUAGGAGGUGGGCUUUGUGCCUACCUGUCAAGGUCAACCGGGGCUGAGAGAGAUACAUUGUUACAGCAGAUAGACCGAGAUACUCUAUAAAAAAUUUCCCCAUACGAGAAUCAAACUCGGGUCUUCUACGUUGCACAACAAAGCACCAGGAUGCUACACCACAGAUACACAAGUCCCCUGUAUUUCACACUGUGGCCUGAAACUGUAGAUUGAAAAGUACAAGCCAGCCGAGGAAGCUGUUGUGAGGUCUCGUGAGUUUUGCUCAGAAGAUUAACACAAUACUGUAAACUCUCCGUUUUGAAGCAAGUGAAUGAAAUCUGUAUAAAAUGUGUAUCCAUCAUACAUAAAACUUUGAGCUAACGUUUCCAUCUCCGUCUGACUAGCGACCAGCACAUCAUCAUGGAUUCCUCCAUCUUUUUUUUUACCACCCCCUACUUCAUUUAAAGAAUAUAUUUUGGCCAGUGAUUACGGGAAGACUUACAGCGCUGAAAGAACCGCGUAUUUCUCCUUCUCUUGAUAGUUUGUAUUUUCAAGUAUGAACAAAAACGUCCCCCCCCCCCCUAAGUUCAUUCCGGAGAAAGUGUCUUUUUUUCAAAAUAGGUGUUGAGGAUAACAGAACUUUUCAAUUCUCUGAAAAAACCAACAGAAAUGUUGCGUUUGCGUCUAACUAAAAUGUUGUAUGUUUUUCAGUAGUUGCAUUAUAACACAAUAGCUCGAUUUUCUGAGAGUGUACGUUAGACAGUGUGAUGAGUAUUUGCGGAAUGGGAGUUAAAUCUUAACCCAGAAUAAUUGUGAAAUUUAUCAUGAGCUUGAGGAUGACAUGCUUAUUUGUGUAAAUGGUUUAUGGGUUUAUGAGUUGAUUAUAAGUCUUUAGCAUCUCAAAAUGUUCUGUCGUCCUCAGAAUAGAACAGCCCGUUAAUGAGGGUAGAAAAUAGGUUGUCUUUCUUUGCUGUCAACAGUCUGUCAUGAACGACAUAAACGGUCCUCUGGUUUGCUCUGGUCCUGUUGUGGAAGCAAAUAACAAACACGGACAACAGUGACGUGUGCACACUGCUUACGUGUCUCAUUCUGGUCAGCGUCAGUUCGUUGUUCAGAAUUUUGGUAAAAAAUUGGAAGCGACCUAUAAAUACAAAUUUUGAGUGGUUGGCGGGCGCUCUGAUAUGGUUUGCUCCUUCUUUUCUAUCAAACUUCUAUCGUCCUUGUUAAUUUU